AUCAUCCUUUUAUGAACACUCAGAAACAAGAUUAUUCUCCUUUUAUCUUAACUGGGCCAUAUUAUCAUCAUCAUCAAUUAAAUUCUCCUCCAACUCAUACUUCUUCUUCCUUUCAUACCAAUCGUACUGUCUCUUCCUUACCAAUAACUAACUUUUCUUAUGGAAAUGACUUGCAGCAACCACAACCACAACCACAACAAGACUCUGUUAGUAUUGCUUCUUCUUCUCCUUCUAUUGGCUUUAUGUCUCCUCCUAGCUUUGGCUUAUAUAAUCAAGAUCAACAUGGGAUACUUUCUUCUUCUUCAAAAGAGAUAAAUCAACCCUUCUGUUCAUUUACUAAUAUUGUGUCUGCUCCUAUUGUUCCUUCUAACGUAUCUGAUACCAAUAAGAGUCAAACAACAUCUGAAUUAGCUACACCUAUCUCUAUUAAUAACACCAAAUCAGUAAAGAGAAGGAAAUCAGGAAAGACAGGUCAUAUUCAUCGAACUUUAUCAUACGAAAGUGUAAUGAGUCUAACAGAUUUUAAUGUAAAUAUAAAUACGAAACGAAACAAUUCUCUCUCUCCUACGCUCCCUUCUCCACUUCCCCGUUCUCUACCUUCUCAACCUUUGGAUCAUGAUAAAGUAAUGGAAGCACUCAGAGCUAAAUUACGAAAAUCGUCGUCGCCAUCUCAAGCACACAAAUCAAAGCCAUCUCUAGAGUCGACUCCACCACCACCACCACUACCGCCUCCUCCUCCAAACACAAAUCCAACAACGGGCAUCUUACUCUUAAAUUUAAAGAAUCGACGCCGUAAAGUGUCUAUUACAAAACGUGGUAAUAAUGAUUAUGGUAGCAGUAGUAAGCCAUAAACAUGUAUAUAUGUAUAUAUAUGUAUAUAUGUGUAUAUACAUGUAUACAUGUAUAUAAUUCUCCUUUCCACUCAUUCAUUCUUUU